AUGGGAUCCCCGGUCUCAGCAGUAAUUGCUAACCUAGUAAUGGAAGAUGUUGAGCAAAGAGUUUUAGCCUCUAGUCCGAUUAAACCUUUGUUUUGGAAACGAUAUGUUGACAAUGUGGCCUCUACGGUUAACAAAAAUGAGAUUGAUAAUUUGUUGAAACAUUUGAAUUCUAUUGGGCCAUCAAUUCAAUUCACUGUAGAGCACAAGAGUGAGGGAAAGUUGGCUUUUUUGGAUACUUAUGUUCAUAGAAAUAUCAAGGGCAGUUGCAAAACUUAUGUUUACCGUAAACCUACACAUAUGGAGAAAUAUCUAUCCUUCUACUCACACGAUCCAAAAAGUCCUAAAAAGUCUGUUAAAAAACUUUGUUUCAAAGAGCUGAAUCGUAAACAUCCAAAUGCGUUGCUAGGGAUAAGGAGCGUGAUUAUGUCCUCUGUGUACUGA